UGCUCUCACCGUCAGGUCCUGUACCCGCUCGGGUCCUUGGUCCGCAGAAAGUCUUACUCUCUAACUGUCUCUGCGUCAUUUUGAUCCAAGAUGGACGUUGAUAUGGACAACGCGAACCUCUCGCCCGACCAACCGAACGACUGGAUACGUGUAUACAGCGACGAUGGUUUCUUAUUUCUCGUGAAACGAUCUGUCUUGUAUACGAGCGAUAAGUUGCGAGAUAGUCUGGAUAGCGCGAACUCAUAUAAGGAGUCUCUAGCGCGAACUUGCGUGAUCCAGGAGCGCGCCGUGAUCGUCGAGAAGCUGAUCGAGUACAUGAGCUUUAAGGCGCACUACAUGACUCGCAGCGGGAAGGAGGAGAUCCCCGUCAACGAGUUCCUUGAGCGAAUACCGCCCGAGAUCGUACUGGAACUAUUGCUUGCAGCGGAUUAUCAUGCCAUUUGAAGCUUCGUUAUCGGAGAAAUAUGUACAUCAUCGUGACCCUGCACCUACACAUUUUGGCUGGCGCGGUAGCCCUCCGGGUUUCAGAGUCGGCAGGAAAGGCCGAAAGGCCGUACACAACUCAAUGACCUCGUAUUCACAGCCC